AGCUGAACAACCAACCACAGUGCCCAAAUCAAGCCACAAGAUGCUUAGAUGCUGCAGGAUCGCUGGUGAUCUCCAGGUACGAUCGAAGCAUUGCGACGUUGAAGGACUCUUUAGUGCAUGCGAGACCCGGGUUGAUGUCAAGCAGCAGCUACAGAUCGCUCAACGCAGCUCAUUCCAGCAGCAGCUCAUGGAGUCCGUUGGUUUGUCCUCACCCACUGGGUCUCGACUCAAACACUUCAUUUGUGUUUCUCUGCAUUCGCAUGAGCUUAGCCCUCUGACUCGGACGGGAUGCAACACUGAAUGCGAAGGCUUGUAUCCUCUGCUAACUGCUCAGCGUUUCUUAUGGUGGUACUUGAAGGAUCAGACAGCCAAUGGGCCUAGUCGGACUUACUUGGACCUCAACUGGCCGGUCUGGGCUCCUGCGGCCCUCUUUGCAACCCGCCAGGCCAACACCUCUCGACGGCAUCGUAGAUUUAUCUCACAUCGCGGCGUCAUAUAGUUGUCUAGUAUAUAAAAUGGCUCUGCUGUCUUCAAGCAAGUCAAAUGAUCUUUCUUCUCCCCAGUCACCUCAACUCUGAUACCACAGUCUCACCUUCCUCUCUCAUCCAGCCGGUCAUCACCUGCCCAAUUAGCCGCUAUCACACGGCCUAACCUCACGACGAGCGAAGCGGCAGUUUCUCAAAGUAGAGACGGGAACCCUUGCUGACCGGAAAGUCACGAUAUUGCUCGCAAAUUGGCCUGCAUUCAUCCCCGCCGUCGUUUGAUACGUC